UUCCCCGCUGUCCCGCUGCUGCACGGGGCCCUCUCGAAAAGUUUGUUUAUUCGCCGUUUGCGGUGUGUGAUGACAACGUGUUCGCGUGUAAAAAACUACCACCCCGAAAAUAGACCAUCCGAGCACAAAAAUGACUCCAUUAAAGUGAAGUGCACGGAGGCACGCGUGGAUUUUUUGCAGUCGGGAAGGCUUGCGCCAACCGGGUGCCGCUAAAAGGUGAUUUUUAAGCCUCUGGUUUUGGGGACGGACUACUACCUGCUUGAGGCGCGAGAGGAGGAGAAAGUUCUGCAACAUUUAUCAGUUGGGACAAGACCAAGGUGACCAAAAUUUGGAGGGGGCUUCCUUCCUUCCUCAAGCGGAGUUUGGGAACCUCGGGGUUGGGAGACGAAGAAGACCCCCACCGUCCCUCCUUCCAGCAAAGCAAAUCAGGAGCUAAUUGAUUAAAGAGACUUCAUUUGAAUAGGAGGGGGGGCUGGCGAGGUGCCAAUCGCCUUUCAAAGAACCCCCCUCCCUCCUCCUUCCUUACCAGCCCCUCCUCGUCCACCUCCCUCCCUCCCUCCCUCCCGUAUGAUUAAUCGCGAGGCAUUAUUGAUAAUCAUAACGUGGCACAUGCGCGUUGGAUGGGCUCGAUGCGCGUGAAAUUUUGAGGGCCCCCUCGUUUCAUUUUUUCUUCUUGGUCUUCCUCGUCUCUUCUUCGCUUGGUGUUUGCCCCAUGUGCCAGCCAGCAUGUCGCGCAGGAAACAAGCCAAGCCGCAACACUUUCAGUCCGACACUCAGCUACCCGGAGCCGGCCACAAUGGGGACACAGAACUUUGCUUCGAGGACCCCCCCUGCAAGGAGUCCGACGCCCACGUCUGCAACAGAUGUUGCGCCGAGUUCUUUGAACUCUGCGAGCUCGAGGAGCACCAGAAGAAUUGCACUAAGAAUCAGCUAGUCCUAAUUGUGAAUGAAAGUCCAGCCUCUCCCGCUGGAUCUUUCUCACCCGGUUCCCCUUCUCUUAAUCCUGACGACCAGAUGAAUGACACUGCUAAUAACACUGAUCAGACAGAGUGCGGCGACCUCUCUGAACUCGCCGCGCUGGAAAAAGACGAAUCCAUGGAUGUGGAUGUUUCAGGGAUGAGCAGCGGUCAAGAAGAGGAAUGCAGCCAAGCUGAGAGUGGAAGCCCCAGCAAUGCGGCGAGCAGCUUCAGCGGGAAGGCCACUGCCGGGCCCGCCGUAGGUACUUCCGCAAUUUCAGCCCCUCUGCCUCAGCUCGGCAACCUGGCUGAGCUGGGCAACUUCUCCAUGAUCAACAGCAACGUCAUCAUCGAAAACCUGCAGAGCACCAAAGUGGCUGUGGCCCAGUUCUCCCAGGAGGCACGCACCUCUGGGGGUCCCAGAGUGGCGGUGCCCGCCCUGAUGGAGCAGCUCCUCGCCCUGCAGCAGCAGCAGAUCCAUCAGCUGCAGCUCAUUGAGCAGAUCCGCCACCAAAUACUGCAUCUGGCCUCCCAGUCCCCAGAAAUGCAAGUGCCCCCGACCUCAGCUCCGGGCACUAUGGGACCCGCCGCCGCCAGUCCACUGGCCACCCUGAGCUCCCAUCUCUCGCAACAGCUGGCCGCAGCCGCGGGCCUCGCGCAGAACCUGGCUAGUCAGUCAGCCAGCAUUAGCAGCCUGAAGCAGCUCGCUGCUGCGGCACAGCUACCUCAGUCCAACCCGAGCAGCAGUGAGACAUCUCAGAGCAUUAGCACCCUGGUGCCGUCAACAGGCAACUCCCAACCCCCUGAGAAGAGGCCGUGUCACGUCACUAACACCCCGCUGGCCAAGUCUACCACCCCGUCGUUCGGGAUUGGUAGCUUGCUCAGCUCGGCGGUGAAUCCCCUUCUACCUCAGCCCCCGCCAGGAAACCCCAUGUUCUCCAGUUCGCUUCCGAGUGUCGGCACCACCGUCGAGGACCUCAACUCUUUGGCAAAUCUGGUGCAGCAGCGAAAAGGCAAGGUGCCCAACGUCGCGUCGUUUGAGACCAAGAGCAGCUCGGAAGAGGCCUUCUUCAAGCAUAAGUGCAGGUUUUGCGGCAAGGUGUUUGGUAGCGACAGUGCCUUGCAGAUCCAUUUGCGCUCGCACACCGGCGAAAGGCCGUACAAGUGCAACAUCUGCGGCAACCGCUUCUCCACCCGGGGCAACCUGAAGGUGCACUUCCAGCGCCAUAAAGAAAAGUACCCGCACAUCCAGAUGAACCCGUACCCCGUUCCCGAGCAUUUGGACAACAUCCCAACGAGCACCGGCAUUCCCUACGGCAUGUCCAUGCCCCCGGAGAAGCCGGUCACCAGUUGGCUGGACAGCAAACCCAUCUUGCCCACUCUGACUUCCUCGGUCGGCAUGCUGCUGCCGCCGACCAUGCCCAGCCUGCCCCAUUUCAUUAAAAAGGAAGAUCACUCGAUAGCCAUAACUAACCUUCCGGUUCCUUCGACUACAAGUGACUCAGGUUCUUCUGAGCCUUCAGCUAAAAGUACCCGAGCGUCUGAAGAGGGCGAAGGGGCAACUCUGCCUACCUCAAACGGAAAAACUGAAGAAGGCAGCCAUUCCUCAGGCUUCGUGACCAACGUCAGCUCUGCUGCCGAGGGCGCCACCGAGUACACCACGUCCAACAGCCCGCCGAUGUUGACCAACCCGCUCAUGCCUCUCAUGUCGGACCAGUUCAAGGCAAAAUUCCCCUUUGGAGGUAUUCUGGAUCCCCUCCACGGCUCAGAGACAUCCAAGCUGCAGCAGCUUGUGGAGAACAUUGACAGGAAGGUGACGGACCCCAACGAGUGCGUCAUAUGCCAUCGGGUGCUGAGUUGUCAGAGCGCGCUGAAGAUGCACUAUCGCACUCACACAGGGGAGAGGCCCUUCAAGUGCAAGAUUUGUGGAAGAGCCUUCACCACCAAGGGGAACCUGAAGACCCACUACAGCGUCCACAGGGCCAUGCCUCCUCUUCGAGUUCAACACUCGUGCCCGAUAUGUCAGAAGAAAUUCACCAACGCCGUGGUGCUACAGCAGCACAUCCGCAUGCACAUGGGCGGACAGAUACCCAACAACCCUUUGCCCGAGAACUACCCGGAAUCCAUGGUAUCUGACACCGGCUCGUUUGACGAGAGAAACUUUGACGACCUGGACAACUUCUCAGACGACAACAUGGAGGGGAUGGAGGAGGGUCCCGACAGCAGUGUGCCCGACACGCCCAGGUCGGCAGACGCUUCCCACGACAGCCUGUGUGACUCCCCAGUCGCUCUCUAUGCCGAAGGACGAGACAACCCCCAGUGUAUGGACGCGGAGGAGCUGCGAGAACUCAAAGCCAUGUCUAACGGCUUGACAGAGGGGGAUUGUCUCACCAACGACUCCUCGUCUCUCGGCGGGGACGUGGAAUGCCAAAGUGUGGGUAGUCCAGCUGUGUCCGAAUCUACCUCCUCCAUGCAGGCUCCUUCCCCCGCGGGCAUGCCGCCGCAGCCCCGCAGAUCGCCAGGCUUGGAAGAAAGGCACCAGAGGGCAUUCUCCAUGGAGCACAGCACCCUCCUACACCCUCACCCCUCCAACAUCGGAGCCUUGGACCUGACGUCGGUCAACGCUUCCAAGGACCCCCUGGGCAUGAUUUUCCCCUUCCGCGAGCGCAGCAUAGCCAGGAAUACAUCUUGCGACAUCUGCGGGAAGACCUUUGCGUGUCAGAGUGCCUUGGACAUCCACUACCGAAGCCAUACCAAAGAGCGACCUUUCAUUUGCACGGCCUGCAACCGGGGAUUCUCCACCAAGGGCAACCUCAAGCAGCACAUGCUCACCCAUCAAAUGCGAGACCUGCCCUCGCAGCUCUUCGAGCCCUCCAACACCAGCGUGUCCUCCAGCCCCACGCCCUCCCUGCUGUCCGUCAGCUCCCUGGGAAAGCCGGAACUCAACGGCUUCCUGCAAUGCCUCCACCCGGAGGCCAAGGACCACUCCGCCCCCUCCGCUGUCGUUUCCGUAGCGGCCGCUGCGGGCAUGGUCACGUCGUCCGCCUCCACCUCGCCGGUGCUGUCGGCCGCGCCGCCCCGCCGGACGCCCAAGCAACACUUCUGCAACACCUGCGGCAAGUGCUUUUCCUCAUCUAGCGCCCUGCAGAUCCACGAGCGGACGCACACCGGCGAGAAGCCCUUCGCCUGCAGCAUCUGUGGCCGUGCGUUCACCACCAAAGGAAACCUCAAGGUCCACAUGGGCACCCACAUGUGGAACAGCGCCCCCGCCCGACGCGGGCGCCGGCUCUCAGUGGACGGCCCCAUGGCCUUUCUGGGCGCCAACCCCGUCAAGUUCCCGGAAAUCUUCCAGAAGGACCCUGCGGCGGUGUCGCGGGUGGGCGCCGGCGACCCAGCCAGCUUCUGGAACCAGUACGCCGCCGCCUUCUCCAGCGGCCUGGCCAUGAAGGCCAACGAGAUCUCCGUCAUCCAGGGCGGCGGCCUGCCGCCCAUGUCUGGCGCCGGCGUGGGCAACGGCGGCAGCUCGCCCAUCGGCGGCCUAACGGGCAGCCUGGACAAACUCCACAGCGCCGAACCCAACGCCGCCCUGGCCGGCCUGGAGCGAAUGGCCGGCACGGAGAACGGCGCCCACUUCAGGUUUACGCGAUUCAUGGAGGACAACAAAGAAAUCGUCACGAAUUAGACACGCAGAGACACUACCAGAACUGUGAAGACAAGUCUGUUUUGUACAAUGUACAUGUUAUAGUUCCCGGGAGCUUAUUUAUUAGUGACUAUAACCGUGCUUGAGACGCAGUGGAAAACAUUAUAACAAUUAGACCAGAUGUGUGUGCGUUUGUGUGCGCGCGCGUGCGUGUGCUUCUUCUAAAGACGACGUGUGAUAGAUACUGACCCUGGCAUUAAAUUAUUUUUUCCGUGUCUCCGUAUAGAUAUGACGUCUGCCUGUAAGAUGCAAAAUGCUGUAAAUAUUGUACACUGAUCUUGUAGACGGUUUGACGUGUGUUCACAGAACCCCCCCCCCUUCCACGCCCCACGCAUUAUUUAAGGAAAACAAAACAUGGACAUUUUGAUGUUUCUUGCUACUUUUUAUGUUUACUUCCAUAACCCCACCACCCACGGCCUCCCCCGAUGUUUGGAACAGAAACAGCCAAUCGUUCUCCACAGUGCUGCUAAAGUGUCGUGUUCAAGAGCCCCCAAAAGAUGAUGUACAUAAAUGUCAAGAAGAAGAAGUCCGGUGGACACACAAAAAUGAUAGUGUUUUUUUUUUUUUUUUUUUAUAAAUAUAAAUAUAUUGGGGUUUGACAAACCUUUCGGACUGUUACAUGCACUUUCUCGGAAAGGUGGAAGAUCUUUAAUGGGUCCAGUUUCGCUACACUUUAAUACCUACUAACAAAAACUCUAAGAUACUGUAAUUCUUUACUCGAAUAAUAAUCAAAUACAUCUGUUUUCCAAAAGAAGCAUUCAGUGUUUGUGUUGGUGUGCUUUGUUUUAUUUAGUGUCAGUUCACCUUAAUUGCAUAUGUGAUUAUUUAAGUUAAAAAAAAAAAAGUUUAAUUUGGCCACCGGACUGGCUGGCAAGUCCCGAGUGUACACCUCAAGCAAUGUACAAUACAGAUAGAUUGGCUAUAAAAAUAAAAAUAGAACAUUUAAACAUG